GUGCACCAAUUUGGAAGCACACACUGUAUGGUUUUUUUCGGUAAAUAAUCUACAAUGAAUGAAGAAUAUGACACUGAAUUUCCACCAGCAAAGAAGCAAAAGGUAUCAGAUGGAGAAGAUGAGAGUCAUAAAGCUGGUGGACCUGAAAGUGAAAAUAAUAUAGAUUUUACGGAAGAUACUGAAGCAUCGGGAGACAAGUUUACUAUAGACGAUAAAUGUAACAACUUUGUAACUCAAGAAGAGUUAGAAAAGCUUAAAGAAUUUAAAGUGUUGGAUGAAGUGAAAUCAAAUGAUGGUGACAGUAACGAUGAAGAUUCUGACAGCUCUGAUGGCAAAUCAGAGGAAUUGCCUGAGGAGGAAAUAGAGAAAAUGCUGGACGAGAAUUUACCAGAAGAUUUUAAAGGAGCACGUAAACCAAAGGAAAAACCUUAUGUCACACGUACAAAAACUUUUCUUGAAGAAAAGGGCGUUAAUCAAUUUGAAAUACUACCGUUGGAUUGGAUGAUGGUGAGACAUUAUAGCGGUAUGCCGAUAUACAUGCAUCGACCAACACGUGUUUGUACUUUAUCGAAACCUUAUUUUCUUGGGAAGGGAAACACUAGGAGACAUGAUAUACCCAUUAGCGCUAUACCUUGUCUGGCCUAUAGACGUGCUUUAGAGGAAGAAGAGAAGCAGAAAGAAAUAGAUCGCCGUGUUGAGGAACAGAUAAAAAACAAAACGUGGCUUAAAAACCAAACAGAUAGCGCAAAUCAAAGUCAAACUGCUGAUAAAGAUAACACAAAUGAUCUGGGUAAAAUUGAAAUAAAAAUAGAUAAUGACAACGAAGCAAGCAAAGGUAGCGCUAAAACAACUUCCAAAGGCAAAUGUCCAUUUAGUAAUCAAUCUGUUGUAAGCUCAGGUAGAUCGCAAAAUGAAACUACUACUGUAGCUAACGAGAUUAUAAACGAAGCAUCAACAUCAGCAGAGUCUAAAGAAUUUGAAGUACCAGUUAUUGACACAAUUAAAGAAGAAAAUGUUAGUGAAGAUUCACAAGAUAACAACGCUAGUAGUGAGGGUGUAAAUAAGGAAAACGUAAACAAUGAAAAUGAAAAAAAUAAGAACGAAAAUAAUGGAAACGCAGAUAAUGGAGAUGCAAAUAAAGGAGGGGAAACUAAAGUUGAUGAUGAGAUUCCUCUCACCCGUCAACCGGUGGUGUUACCUGAUGGAAUGGUGAUGCCGUCACCGAGAGUCGAGUCUGUUAACACAAGCUGGAAGACUCAACAUCUUACGGCAGAACAGAUUAACGACUACUGCAAACGGCUUUUUAAAUUUAAAACCGUUAAUUUUAUGCAUUUUAACCGUUGGGCGGAUCGACGCAAGUACACAAAAGCAAGGAAAGCACUUCAAUAUCCAAAGCUACCAGAGGGGACCAAAUUAAUCACGAUACCCGCAAGCAGCACAGGACAAGAAAAUGGUGGCAAGACGGCGAAGCGCGACUGGGUGAUGAACAUGAACGGUUGCAGCUACCUGUCGGAGUUCCACGAGUACGUGUGCCGAGCACUGCAGAAGCAACCCGUCUACGAGUACAAGCAGCUCGAGAACGCGACGACACCGUACCAAGCCACGGUGUACAUCGGCGGUAUGCAGUACGGGGUGGGCCACGGGUCCAGCAAGCGGCAGGCCAAGUACGCGGCCGCGCGCGCCUCCAUACAGACGCUCAUCCCCGAGAUGCGUCAGUUCCUUGAGCCCCAGUCAGAGCAGCCCUCGAAGCCCGACUUUAGUUUCUUCGACUACGUGGGUAUCGAGGACCCGCGCAUCGCGGAGUUCUGCGCCGCCACGUGCGAGCCGUCCCCGCACGCCAUCCUGCUCACGUGCCUGCUGCGGAACUUCGGCGCCGGCGACUGGCACGUGCACACCGAGAUGAAGAAACUGGAAUAUCAGAAAAUUGAACUGACAAUGCGUGUGGGAAAGCAUAGCGCCACGGUGGUGUGCAAGAACAAGAAGACAGCUAAACAGCGCGCCUCGCAAGCUAUUCUACAGGCGCUGCACCCGCACGUGCGGUCUUGGGGUUCACUGCUGCGGCUGUACGGCUCGCGCUCCGUCAAGAGUUGCAAGGAGAAGAAGCUAGAAGAGCAACAGAUCACGCUGUUGCAGGACAAGGCGCGCCACAAUGAGCCCAACUACGCCGUGCUGGAGAAGCUGCGCCACGAGAUGACCAAGCUGCGGGAGCGCGACGAAGCCGUCGUGCCCAUUGGCACGCUGCUGCUGGCCGACCAGCUGCCGCAGCACUCCGCCUCCAACCUCAACAACGUCGACCUCUGAGUCCUGCUUAUUGUUGCCUGGACGUGUGGUGAACUCGUGAUUUUCAUUUGUUCUAUAAGUAGGCCAUGACCAGAGGCCAGACGUGCCCUGUCCUAUUUCAUUAAUAAAAAAAAAUCCUAUU